UUGCUUAUGCGGCCGCCAUAUUGUGUGACAGUAUUUUGAUUCGUAUCUACUGGAAGUGAGGAAAAAGAGAAAAGCCAAGGGCUGUUGAUGGGAGGAGGGCUGAAGAAGAAGAGCUGUCAAAAAGGUAUUCCCGAGUCUGUCUAAAAGCGGAGGGCUGGUGCUCGCUAUCCCUCCCCCCGAGCGUUAUUUCGAGGACACAUUCAGGCCCGGGGCCUCGGUGGUGCAACUUAGCUUUCCGUCUGCCCGACACUAGCUGGACCUUUCUCGGCUUCUCCUGUGCCAGCUCCGCGGCCCUCUGGAGGUCCGGCGGCGUUCUGGGGUGUCGUAGGCGGCCCGAGGAGCGGCAGCGGGGAGACGGGGCAAAGUAAAGCGCUCAUCCUCCUUUUUUUCCCCUCCCUGACCCCCCCAGAAGAUGUUCAAGAUGAAGGCUAUUUGCUUCCACAACUAAUGCCAAAGUGCGCCAACUAAAACCAGCAGUCCUGACCUGGCACCAUACGAAUGGCCCAGGGAAGCCACCAUAUUGAUAUUCAGGUUUUGCAUUACCUGCACCAGAGGUUCCCUGAAGUCCCAGAGGGUGUUGUGUCCCAGUGUGUUCUGCAGAAUAACAACAACUUAGAUGCGUGCUGUGAAUACUUGUCCCAGGUCAGUCCAGCCUACUUGUACAGCGAAGAAGGAAACCUCAACUUUUCUGACGACCCCAGUUUGACCAGGCUCCGUAAUCACAUGACCCAGCUGAACCUGGGCCUGCAGUCUCAGAAUGUGCACGUGGCCCCAGCGCGAGACGGCCUGAGAAUGAACGGCAGCCGGACUCUGGCCCAUAGCCUGAGCGAAGGGCCCCUGCAGACAGGCCAGGCUCCAAACAGUAACUUUUUUCAGCAGGAGCCGCAGUCUGCUCCAGUUGAAGGGCCCCCCAGUCUCAAUGUGUUUCGUGCAAUGGAGCCCUCGCGCAAACCGCAACCUCCACAGCACCUUGGACUCUACCCUCUAGGUGUCAAAGGAGCGACUAUGGGUCUCCAGCAAACACCACGUUUCAACCCUAUUACCGUGACGCUAGCUCCUCAUAUUCAGACAGGCCGCAGCACUCCUACUUCUUUACACAUACAUGGUGGGCCACAAUCAGGUCUAAGCAGUCCACAGGGUAACGCUAUCUACAUUAGGCCCUAUGUCAGUCAAUGCGGUACAGCUCGACAGAAUCAGCAGCAGGGAGGCAGGGCCCAGUAUAGCCCCACUUCUCAGCCUCAACAGCAGAUCUAUCAGAUCUCUCAUCCUUCAUCCUUGUCUGGGUCAUGGUCUGGCCCUCAUCAAUCCUCUUCCUCACAUACCUCACAACAUCAGACCCAGGGCCACCAGACGUCUCAUGUCUACAUGCCAAUUAGCUCCCCAACCAAUUCCCAGGCACCCUCCAUCCUUCCCUCUGGAAGCCAGGCGUCUUCAUCUGGUGUCUCCUCUUCUAGCUCGUCUUCGUCCUCGUCCUCCUCUUCCUCUGUCAUGCCCACCUCGCUCUCUGCUAUCAGCCAGUACAAUAUACAGAACAUCUCCACUGGCCCGCGGAAGAAUCAGAUCGAGAUCAAACUUGAAUCUCCUCAGAGGAGUAACUCCACCACAACGACAGCUGUGCUGCGAACAGGUGGUGGGUCCCGUUCCUCCUCCACCUCAUCCUCCUGCCCGUCCUCCUCCUCUUCAACUGGUGUUUCUACAGUCCCGACCACCCCUCUCUCCAUCGGAGGCUCGGGUCUGAGCCGUAGCCAGCCCACUGUUUACAUAUCUGCUAGCCCACCCACUGCUGCUACCACGCCUUCUGAGGAGGCAGUCAUGGCCUCAACCGGAUCCCGUUCACAACCCAAGUUUUACAUUUCAACAAAUGCCUCCAGCGAUGACAGUGGGGGUAGGAACCCUCCCACAGUCUACAUCUCAGCUAACCCUCCAUUGCAGGCUCCAUCAGGUGCAAGGAACAUUGGGAGCCAGGUGAGCAUGGGCCCCGCCUAUAUCCACCACCAUCCACCUAAAUCUCGGGCUUCGGUGGGAGUGGGAAACACGGCUUCCUCGCCACGUGUGGUGGUGACUCAACCCAACACAAAAUAUACUUUCAAAAUCACUGUGUCCCCCAACAAGCCCCCAGCAGUGUCUCCUGGGGUGGUGUCUCCUACAUUUGAGCCCAACAACCUCCUCAGCCUACCACCAGACCAUCACUUUGUGGAGCCAGACCCCCUCCAUCUCUCAGACCCACUUUCAGCGCACAAGGAGAGACCCAGCGAGCCUCGCAGACUCAGCAUGGGCUCUGAUGAUGCUGCAUACACACAAGCGUUGUUGGUCCAUCAGAAGGCCCGCAUGGAGAGGCUGUGGCAUGAACUGGAGCUAAAAAAGAAGAAGCUGGAGAAGCUAAAAGAGGAGGUCAACGAGAUGGAGAACGACCUGACAAGGAGACGACUGGAGAGAUCAAACUCUGCCUCCCAAAUUCCUUCAAUCGAGGAGAUGAAGCAGUUGCGGUGCAAGAACAGAUUACUACAAAUCGACAUUGACUGCCUCACCAAAGAAAUUGAUCUCUUUCAAAAAAGAGGCAGUGGGAAACUAUGGAUGGCCGCCAAGCUUUGGGUUUUGGGUCAGAUGAAGAACCAGAUGAAGAUUUGCAGAAUGUGGAGCUAUUUGGAACUGACUGGGAGUCGUUUGAUGCUGUGCACGGGAAUCCAUAUGGAGUUUAAGUUCAAGAAAUUGAGUACCCUCUGACUCCAUCUAUUAUUGAAACUGCACAAUCCCUAAUUGAUCCCUUUGGCAGUUGGCAUCAUCAGAAUCAUUUGGCAGAGACAUUUACAUAAUGUUUCCGCUUAUUGAAGCUCCAAGGGCAACACGAGAAAUGCCUGCGAAAAGACCUUGCAAAACAUUAAACGGUACAAGGGUAAACAUUAACAGACAGUCAACUUGUUUCAAAAAAAAAAAAAAAAAAAAAGGCUUGCUUUGACUGACAUCUGUUAACUUUAACGUGAGACAGGAGUCCCAAACAUUUUUUAUUGAAAAACAAAACAAACGGCAUAGAGAUUUUAACAAAAGCUGCAUUUGUUGUGACGAGUCAGACACCUGUUAAUGUCAACACAACUAUGCAAGUCCAUCAAUUACAUUAAUUUGAAAUAGUGACAAAGGUUCAAAAAAAAAAAAACUUAGAUUUUAUUAGUUGUAUAGUUUGACUUUGAAUCAAUUAACCAUUUACACUGCACUGUAUAAAAUGUACUGCAGGAUAGCAGAAAAGGUUAACCUAUUUAUUACCCUCUCUUGACUAAAACAUACCAGAAUCUUUUAAUUUCCUGAAUAUAGUACUGGAGAAAGUUCAUGAGUUCCUUUUGGUUCUUUGCAGAACCAAUCUCACAGAAGGAGGGGUGCAUCCACUUUUAAGAAGGAAGUGCAUUUCAGUCUACAUAAACAUGUACAUAAGUUUAAAAACACAGCUUUGCAUUAAAACUUAAGUUACAAUUAACAUGUUACUGAGUGAAAUGAAGUUGCAUUGUAUAAUUGUUCUCUUCAGCAAACACCAACAAGUAACUGUUAAAACCAUAUAGUAUUAUGAGGUUAACGCCAUUGCUCACUUUGAUGAAAUUGUAUUUACCCGAGCAAUAAAAUAAAGAGAGCAGACUUGUACAGUGGCGAGAUCUAUGUAUGCUAAAUGAUGCAAUUCAUAAAUUGAUAGUCGACUGUUGAUCGACAUUACAGUCUCAAAUCGUCAUAUAUUUCAGUGCUAACUAACUGCCCGAAUUAUAAUGCAAAUCAUGCUAGCAUUGAGGCAUGUUGUUAGCCUGCAAGCUAAUUAAGUGUGUAAGUCCAAAGCUAGAUCUUUUUUCAAAUGGUACAAUUUUAAUAAAUAAAUAUUGGAUAUACACGUUACUUACUUUACCUGAGAUUCUUCACGAGUUGGGCGCUCCAACCAAGUUUUGCACAUGCGCGUGUGAAGAAUCGUGGUUUGUUCUCCUGUAACCUGCCUGUGUGACCUACGCGACGUCAUUUGGACAUUUUCGGAUUCGUACCACCCAAGUAGAUUUGUGUCCACAGCGGAGAUUCGUAGUCAUAGAAAUUAGAGUUAUAUUCACAAGACCGCGCUCACAUCUUUGAAAUUCAUACUCCCAAAAAAGCUCCCAACCAAAACCUUUUGAUUCGUACGCACGUAAAUAAAAUUCCAACCUAAAUCAUUUUGAUUCAUGUGUGCAACAACAUUAUACGAAUACAAAUUAGAGUCACGCGUACACCUUUUUGAUUGCCAUCUUAGUCCAUAUAUACACUUACUCCCCCACCUGAUGCAUGCAAUAGAUGUUAAAUGCAUUUGGCCCUAAGUUUUGACUGUUCAACAUUGUUGUUUUUUUUACUCCACGUAAUGCAUAAGCAACAAAUCAAUUCUGUACAAAUAUUUAGUAGUCACUACAAAUAUGUGCUGCAGUGUGGGGUGUGAGGGGCUGGGGUAGAAGCGCACUCAUGAUCGAAGUCGAAAAAAUGAAGAAGUGUUGACCAUAUUUGAAUUGAAUUUAAUUCCACUGGAAACAAAGCAUUACAUGAAUCUGUCGUGACAGUCAUAAACAGAGGUGGGUGUAGUAGCCAAAUAUUGUACUCCCGUAAGACUAUUGUUACUUAAAAAUAAUAUGACUCAAGUAAAAGUAAAAAGUAGCCCUCCAAAUAUUUACUUGACUAAGAAAGUACUCAGUGAAAAAAAACUACUCAAGAGUAAAUGGUAACCUGUGAUUCUUUUAAACAAAAAAAUCAGAGCAUGAACGUCAACUCAAAUAAAAAUUACAAAUAUAUGGUAGUCAAAACACACCUGCCACCAUUUCAAUUUUCAAGUGCUCAGAAACCAACAACACAUGCAUUGGACCCAACAGAAACAUUGCUUGAAAUCACUAAAGAAGAAGCUGUUUUUAGCUGAACCGACUUAUUGAUUGUGUGUCUGUGUCUGUGUGUGUGUGUGUGUCUGCGCGCGAGCGAGAGAGAGAGCGGUGAUAAUAAAUAGAAACAUCUGCAAAAAUGAGUCAAUUUGAUUGGCCCACGAGGGCUUUGUGUGCGGUCAUGUGACUGCCUUAUGUCGUCUGAUUGGUGAAUUGAAGUCAAAUGACACUCGUGUUCACAUUGGAUUGGCGCAACUGCGCCUUAUGCGGAAGUUGACAAAAAUGUAAAAAUAGAAUGCGCACGCGAUAAUGGAUAAAUAAAAGUAGUGAGCGGCAUGUCGAUCUUUGUAACGGGGGGAAAGUAUUGAUUAUUCUUAACAUAAAUACUCAAGUAAAAGUAAAAAGUACGAUGCAUUCCAACUACUCUGACAAGUACAAUUUAUCCAAAAUGUUACUUGAGUAAACGUAACACGUUAUUACCCACCUCUGGUAAUAACUCAUUCGUGGAGAUCAUUGAUUUGUGACACAAGUCAACGAUGUGGCAUCUUUGUCGUCUCCAUGACAUCAAUGACAUCAAGGAGCAAAUGUCUCGGAAUUUGUCCAAACAUUUUCCCCUCCUUGCUCCUCUGUUGUUCUCCUCAUCUCCUUGAUGGUAGGUGCUGUCUUGUAAGAACAUCGAGGACUGAGGAGGUUGCAAAAAAAAAAACAGAUUUGGCCUCAGUCUUGCGCCAUGAUGUGACGUCACUGACGUGUGAAGCCGUCGUCACCUUUCUCAAAGCCGCAGACAAACCAAACUCGAGAAAGGUUGUCAUAUUUUCUAGUUUAGCUAGUUUGGGUUUUGCAUCACAUGAUACUGUUAACACAUAAAUAUGUAUGCAUUGUGCUAGCGAGAGGAGCUGUGCAACCUCUGAGUGCAUGCCAAGACGUACACAUGGUUUAGGUCCCAUUCAUGAGUUUUUAAAGUUUCUAUGCAGUAAGUGGGUUCACUCCAAUAGUUUGUUUGUGCUGUGGUUCCCAUACUGACAUGCAUGUCAUGGCUUGACUUGUGUGCGUGUGUGUGCUUGAAAACACAUACAUGCUCGACGCUGACGCCCAAGCUGCCAUUUGCAGGUCUGUUUCCUUGUGGCGGGUAGCACAGCAACUCACACGAGCCGCUUUGGGAGGUUGAAUUGUAUUCACUUUGUUCGACGUGCAUAUUCUGUUGCAAUGCUGCUGUCUGUCUCUCUUUCCCUCUGC